UGGGUAGGACUGACAACAGAAGCGAUAGGGAAGAGUUUGUUGGUAACUCCACCUUUAGAGAAGAUUUAAAAAACACUUCGCAGCCUUUUCAAAAUGUCGGAAUUUGAUAGCAACCCGUUCGCAGAUCCUGUCAGCGAAAACCCUUUCAAUGAUCCCUCUGUCACUCAGGUGACCAAAUCCAACACAGAACCAGUUGACCAGUACAACCCUUUCUCUGCUCAAACCAAUGCUGGACUGGCUGCUCACACCAUUCCUGCCUCCACGUCUCCUGCUGUGCUACAGCCAUCUACAGAACCUAGUCCACAGGCAACUGCUGCAGCAGCUCAGGCCAACCUGCUGAGGCAGCAGGAGGAGCUGGAGAGAAAAGCUGCCGAGCUGGACCGCAGAGAGCAGGAGCUACAGAGCCGAGGCCCGACAGGUAAAGAGAACAACUGGCCUCCACUUCCAAAGUUCUUCCCCAUCAAACCAUGUUUUUACCAGGACUUCUCAGAGGAAAUCCCCCCAGAGUCCCAGAGAGUCUGCAAGAUGAUGUACUACCUCUGGAUGUUCAACUGUGUGACUCUGUUCCUCAACCUUCUGGCAUGCCUGGCUUACUUCACCACUUCUUCAAGCAAUGGUGUGGAUUUUGGCCUCUCCAUUCUCUGGUUCAUCCUCUUCGCUCCCUGCUCCUUCCUCUGCUGGUACCGACCCGUCUACAAGGCCUUCAAGACCGACAGCUCCUUCAGCUUCUUCUUCUUCUUCUUUGUGUUUUUUUGCCAAGUGGUGAUCUUCAUCAUCCAGUCAGUAGGCAUACCCCACUGGGGCAACAGUGGUUGGAUCUCUGCAUUCAGUAUCAUCGGUUCAAAUAAGGCCGUGGGAAUCAUCAUGAUCAUAGUGGCCAUUCUGUUCACUUUGUGCGCUGUGAUGUCUGUCAUCCUGCUCAAAAUGGUCCACGGCAUGUACCGACGCACCGGAGCCAGUUUCCAGAAGGCGCAGCAGGAGUUUUCACAGGGCGUCUUCACCAAUAAAACCUUCCAAACUGUUGCUUCUGGAGCAGCCUCCUCUGCUGCCCAGGGAGCCUUCCAGGCAAACAACUAAUGGUAGCUUGAGCUACACUGAGCUCUUUUAACAGGUCAAGGUCUGUAUGUUAUCAAGUCUGGAUAAUUAACUAGCCGAAAAAAAUCAGAUGCCAGGCACCAAUCUAGAAGUGCUUUGUCAUCCUGCCUUUUGAAGGCAGUGACCAGAUUUCUGGAAAGUAAUAAUCUGACCUCAUAAUGUACAGACCUUGAGCCACGUGAGGCUACGUUGUUAGCCUCCCACCUUCACCAUCAGCAUUUCCCCACAUCACCUUUCACUUGCCACUUCAGUGUGUCCCCUGCAGAGUGACAUCAUGUGUGUGGGUGUAAAAAAAAGCAGAGGAGGGGAAAGUGCAAACUGGAGUGUAAAGCAUGAAGUUGACUCAUUGCUAUUUCAGCAUGUCUUGUAUAUAGAAUAUAAAUAUUUUAUAUUUCUUGUGAGUGCAGUGAACUUGUGGGCCUCCACACUGAUGCUAGAUGCUGUAAUAUAAAUACGAUGAAGUGUUUGUCAUUGAUUGACAUUUAUUUUGUCCCAGAAGCAUUUUUCUGAGGAAGAAAUGUGACAUAAAUUAAAUCUGUGUAGCUUUAAAGUUUUGGAUAUUCCUCAGAUGUCAUUGCGCAUAAUUACUUAAACCUGGAGUCAGCGCUACUUGGGAUUUAGCUAAUGAUUUCUGCAUGAACAUCAAAUCUACAGAGGAAACCAGAGUGUUUUGCUUCACGUCAAUUCAUGCUUGUAAACAGCAGUUUAAAUCUGUUUGAAUUUAGUGGACAGAGAUUAAAUCGUCCUUUCAUUUCAGCCGAAUAGUCUUCUGAACUGGUAAUUUUUAAAAAAUGUUAUCAGUGUCACAUUAAUUUUUUAAGCAGCUUCAGCUAUGUCCUCUCACUCUUGCCUUGUUCAAGAGUUGUUUCUAAGGAAACCAGAGCAGUACUGAACAUAAAAAUGGAUAAAAUAAUUUAACUUUCUCCCAAGUAGAUUACAUUUCAUAUAGUUUUCUUUAAUGGACUGAGUCAAUCCAGUCUAGAGUCUCUUCUUUUGAUUUACUAACAUUUAAUGCAGGAAGGCUGUUAGAAAGUUUGUCACAAAAUCUUUUCAAACAUGACUCUCCAGUGUGAAUAUUUAACAACAAUCAGAAAAUGGCUCAGCUCAUUUUCAUUUUUGAGAAAUUGGAAAUGUAUGUGGUUCGAGUUUAUACCAAAGCAGUGUGAAUAUGCCACGUUUUAUCUUCCUAAGCACAGAUCCGGUUUCUCACCAUUACCAGUACACAGCUGCAGUAUUUUCAUUUCUUCUCGGAAAUGCUUGAACAUCUAUCUCUGCAAGAUGACCACUGAGCUCUAAAUUAUUUUCUUGCUGGUGUAUAUUUUCUACCUGAUUUUGUGUAUUAAAAAGCAUGCAUAUGUGUGUGUUUAUUGAUUGUACUGUUUUGAAAACGUCAGCUUGGAUGUAACAUAUUCCUAAAUGAUAAGUGCAAAUUUAGACGAUUCUUUUUGUGAUGUUCCUGCAACACAUUAUGACCUGAUUGGAGGUUUGAGCUUAUUUGCAUGAUGUAAAGAAGCGUAUAAAGUCACACAUUUCUGGAUACUGAUUUUUGAAUAUAACAUCUAAUAAAAUGCUUUGCUUUCA